AUGUCUAGCCUUUCUGCCGCGACUGGCAUGAUGUUCAGUGUGACUUCUUCGUCGCUGAUCAACUCUACAGCCUCAAACAUUUGGAGUAUUCUUGUGGAUUUCCCGGCUUAUCAUGAAUGGAACCCAUUUGUGCGCAGCCAGACUGUCGUUGACUCUCUCCAUCGACCCCUCUCAGACCAGGCACCACAUGUGGGCUCGCUCCUCUUUCUCAAAGUGCACAUUCCUCCCUCCUUCGACGACAAUGAAUUGUAUCAGACCUCCGACGAGCUCGUCACUAUCUUGAACAGUGACAAUUACACCGCCGCAUGGAGAUACAAUACUCUGCCUGAGGCACUAUUGAGCGCAGAGCGGGUGCAGACACUGACCGAAGCCGAUGGGCUGGUGAAAUACGAGGCGUCUGAGACGUUCGGUGGGGCAUUGGCGUCUACGCUUGAAGCGACUAUGAAGGAUGGACUCCAGGAAUCGUUCGAUGCACAGGCAGAGGCAUUAAAGAAUAGGGCGGAAUCUAUGGGCGCUAAAUAA